UGAGGGCCAUAAACCACCUGUCUGGCACAGCUGAGCCCUCAGCAGCACAGGCAGGAGGAAGAGGAGGGAGGGGGAUGGCGGCCAGCCCCCUGCUCCGUGCCAGGAGGGCAGCCCAUGUGCCACCAUGGUGGUUGGGAGCACAGCCCUUCCUCUGAGGCUGGCACCGCUGCCUGCGGCAGGCUGCUCAUGCCUGCUGCUCACCCUCAUGCCGAGGUCUAGGGGCGUGCCCGGGGGGAACAGGACCUACUUUCCCUUCUUCUCAGACUUCAGGGGAGGCAAUAUGACGGCCCUGCGCACCAUUGAGUCAUCUGCCCUGGCCUCCAUCUUCCUGCUGGCCUUGGCGGGAAAUAUCUGGGGCAUCUGCCUGCUGGUGCGGCCGCGGCAGCGGCUGAGCGCUGCCAACUGCCUCGUCCUCAACCUCUUCUGUGCCGACCUGCUCUUCAUCACCGCCAUCCCCUUCAUCGCCGUCGUGCGCUGGACGGAGUCCUGGGUGCUGGGCGACGUCGUCUGCCACAUGCUCUUCUACGUGGUGAGCCUCAGCGGCACCGUCGUCAUUCUCUCCCUCUCGGCCGUCAGCCUGGAGCGCGUUGUCAGCAUCGCCCGGCUGCGCCACGCCGCCUUCCGCCGCCGCAAGGGGCUGGCCGCCGUCCUGCUCCUCAUCUGGGGCUUCGCCGCCCUCGCCACCCUCCCGCUCUGCUGCUUCUUUACGGUGGUGCGGCUGCCCGACGCCGCCGGCGAGAAUAUUCGCAUUUGCACCUUGGUUUGGCCCAGCACUGCAGGAGAAAUAGUUUGGGAUGUGACCUUUGUUAUUGUUUUCUUUCUAAUACCAGGAUUAGUAAUUGUCAUCAGUUAUUCCAAAAUCUUACAGAUUACGAAAGCAUCAAGAAGGAGUUUAAAUGCUGGUUUAGCCUACUCAGAAAAUCAUCAGAUUCGUGUUUCCCAGCAAGACUACAAACUAUUUCGAGUCCUCUUUGUGCUGAUGGUCUCUUUCUUUAUCAUGUGGAGCCCAAUUACCAUAAUUAUUCUUUUAAUUUUAGUCCAGAAUGAAAAGCAAAAUUUGAAUAUUUUGCCAUCAGUUUUCUUCUGGAUAGUGUUGUUCACUUUUGCCAAUUCUGCUGUCAAUCCGAUUUUGUAUAAUGUUGUCUAUUUCAGACGUAAAUGUCAGGAAAUUCUUCUCUGUUGUACAGGGAACCCUGUAAGGCACAGGGCUGGUUCAGAAACCACUGCAAGAAGAACUAACCAAAAACAACCAAAUUUGUCUUUCAUUACCAGAUAAUUAUUUAAAGUUUGAGCUGUGCCACACUUUGGUUGUUUUGUCUACGCUUUCCCAGGUUUAACAGGUCACUAUGUUAUAGUAUUAUAUGCCAGAGAAGGAAAAUAAAAAGCUGAAUCUGUAUUUUUAAUUCCUGCAGGUAAAAUUCUCUUGACUUCACUGCUUUGCCACAGUAAGGUUUAGACAAUUUUAUCCAAUUGAUUGAAUUCCCCAGUUACACUGAAAUAAACAGAAUAUGCCAGUGAACUUGGUGAAUGUAAAAUAGCUGAAAUAAGGACUUACCAGACAAAUUAAUUGCUAUGAGGGUACAUGUUCAGUUGACAUAAAUGUCAUUAACUUUGAUGAAGUUAUAGUGAGUCUAUAUCAAGAAGGCAUCUGAUCCUUUUUUUUACUCUCUUUUCUACUAAGAGAGAUAAACUUUCUAAUGAAAAUGUACAUCCUCAGAAAGUAUCUGCUCUUUUUUAAAUCUCAUUUUAAAAGGGCACUUGAUUAUACACUUAGAUAACUGACUGCCUGAAUAUUCCACGUAGGAAACAAGAUGGUGUAUUAUUACCAACCAAAUGACCAAUUUGGUUCCAUAUCUAAUUAAAAAUAUGGACAUAAUGCCUGUUAAUUAUAAAUAAAGAAGAAAUAAAUAAAUGUUUGCUUGUUGUGUGUAAAAUAGUCCUUUAAAAAAGAUGCGUAUUUUUUAUGUCUUCAGUAGUCAUAUACCAAAGUUAAUCAGUGAUACGUAGUGUUACUGAAAUUCCUUCCUUCUUUCUAAAAUGCUAUUUAGAACGAUUUCCAAUAUUUCCUAAAAAAAAGACGACAUUUUAUUUGAAAAGAAGUUUAAAGUUUUAGAAAGCAAAUACAUUUUUAAAAUUAAAACUCUUUUAAUCAGAAAUUGAAACCACAAAAGAAAGGUUAAAUUAUCAAUUAUUGCCAUCUGUUACUAAUUCAAAAUAGUGCAUUAAGAUAACAGUUUACUAAUAAACCAAUGUCUACAUAUGUACAGAUGUGCAUACAAACAAUUUGCAUCCCCUGCAAUCCAAAUUUAUUAAAAUGUUUCAUUGGUUUAUUAACAAGAUGAGCCACACAGCUCAGAUAAAUAUACUCAAAAUCUAAAUGAAGCCAUUUAAAAGGUUUUCAAGAGAACACCCAAUCAAUGUGUUAACAUUACAUCCAUGGUGCUGUUACAAGGUUUCUUUCCAUAGUUUGGAUCUUCUUAAGAGCAAAAUCCUGAAACACACAAGAAAAAAAAAUUGUCUUUUAACCACACUAGACAAAAGUAUAAUAUACAAACUUUCACCAAAAUUAAAAUGCAUACAUAUCUAAUUUCUUUAAAAUGCUUGUGAAUCCAGCAGUCCAUUACUUGUAAUGAUAACGCCAAUUACAUUGCUCUGUAGUUUAUAAUUCCACAUUUUCAACUCAGAACAAAAUAGGAAUUCAUCCAACCUGUUACAUCUGUCCUAAGCAUUUUAAUACUUUGGCAAACAAGGUACUGGCUAGAUCAGUGAUAAAGGAGUUAUUUAUUUACUUUAACAAGCUUCAAAUUAUUUGCUUUUUAUUAACUUAAGAAUGUCUUUCAACCAAAUAAGAAUCUAAAGCUUCUAAUGGCAAUAGUAAAUUAGCUGAAGGAAUAUACCACUCUUUAAUUCACACUUUUUCCUUCUGGUAAAUGCCAACAGCAACUUCAGCUUUCAACUCUAGUAACAUGACAUUGUAUUGUAUUUGCAAAAAGUCCCACUGUGAUAUCCACACUCCAUUUGGAUAACUUAAAACAAUUUGAGCUAUUACUCUGAGACAUUAAGUUUAUCAUAGCCUGAUCCAACCCUAUCUGGAAAGGAGCUACCAUCAGAAAUGCAAUGUAAGUCACUACCUAAAAUCUCAUCAUUUCCUAGGUUUCAUUUGCCUUAAAGAGCCAGUAUACAAGCAACUGAUUUUUUUUUUUUUCCCCACCAAGAUAAGUUUUGUACACCUAUUAGUUUUCUGUGGGAACUUGAUUUGAAUACAGUAUUAAUUUUAAAAGCUAAAGAAAAAUCUUUGGGGAAAAAAACAAACCGAAACACAGGCAGAGUAUGCACAAUUAGAAACAGAUGCAAGCUUAUUCUUGCAGCAGCUAUUAACGCCAGUCAGAAUUUUACCACAAUAGCAACAGAAUGCGGGUCAGUAUAGAUAACUGAAGCUGGCUUUUUUUUGCUACUAAUUCUGCAGCUCUUAAAAGCAGAAAUAAAAUGAAAGUAGCUCGGCUUCCAAUCCACACAUAAGAAAUUAAGUGGAUUUUUAAAGAUAUUCUGAUACAAAGCUUUCAGUAAUAUUUUUCAGUUUAGCUUACAAUCUCUCCCUCAUUCCCAAAUGUACUUGCUUUGCAGGAACUUUGCCUUAAUGACACGUGAGAAUUCCGAAUCAUCUAACACUGGUAAUUACAGGUUCUGAUCACUGUAAGGGGAAAACGCAAAUUGCUGGCUUUAAGUUUCAUUUAUAUUUUGAUGCUGGGCUCAUAAAGAUAAUCUCUGGCAUAAUCCUCAAUAAAAAGAAGACAGCGUUGAGGACCUGAGCUACUAUUUUUCAUUUACAAGCAGUAUGGAACUCACACGGUCUUAUCAGACGCUGCACUCACCACCUAACAUCUGGAUAGAAAUUAGAGUAACAGACAAAGAAUGCAGCAUUCAGUGCAACUUAGUAGAUUCAAUAUUUCUAUAACAAACUAGUGGCAGCAUGAUCAACUUUUAAAUUAAGGUCAGGAAGUCAAAGAAUGUUUAAGGCUGAACUUUCAAAAGACAUUCUGAGCUUUUAUUUUCAAAAUACACUGUUGGUUCUAUAUUCUGUGGAAAAACAAACAUUCUGUUAUAUAAAAGUUCUGAGAUCUUUGAAAAAGUUAUAUCACAAUUAUGAAUAAAUGAAUAUAUUCAA